AAAAAGAUCCCAAUACUUACAACAACCAUUAUCAACCCAAUAAUAGUGGCACAGAUGGAUAAGGGAGCUAUUUUGGCCGAGGUGCGGAGCGUUGUUAACGAUCUUUUCCGCGGCUUGACGCUUCCACGCAAUCCACAGCUAUGGCAGUCUCUCCCUACGGAAAAACAAGAACAGUUUCAAAGUAGCCCCGAGUUUGUCGAAAUAGAGAAGGAGCUCGCAGCUUUACGAGGACGGCGUGAUGCCGACCCAUCUUCCCGUCGCCGUUGCAGCAGGGAGCUUUACGCCAAAAGACGAGAGUUAACCCACAAAGAAGUCCGAAAGUGGCAGAAAGCUCAGUCCCACCAGCCUAGUGGAAAGGACAGUUCCUCGCCCUGCUACCGCCGGAGCAUUUUUAACCGAGUCCGAUUCAUGAUGCCCGAACGCAACCGCCUCGCAUCUUCUCUCUUCAAGCCCGACACGCUACGGAGCACAACUAGCCUCAGCGCUCUCCGAGGUAUGGUUACGCUUUGCGAGAAAGAAGCGGAAGUAGAGUUCCGGCCUGGUUUAGAACCAGAGAAAUACUGGAGACACGUAUACAGCUGCUACAAGAGAAGCCACGACGACUUUGUGGAACUUUGCUUCCUUUGCAGCAAAUGGAUUUUCGGGGAAACACAAUGGAGCAAUCAUUGCCAAACGCAUCUAAAUUGUCCAGAAACACUGCCCGUUCAAUGCGAUCCUCUGGUCUAUGGCGGCGCUCUUGUCACCGCAGGCUACUGCGUGUUUUGCAUGGCGGAUCCGUCACUACCAUCAGAGAAGCGACUGCAUCAAUAUCUGGAGAGAGGUCCAUGGAAGGAUCACGUU